AUGCAAAAUAGGCCAGAUGAUGAUGAUCAUUAUCAAAGUGGUUAUGAUGACCAUUAUCAAAGCAGUUCUUUUCCAAAGGAUUUUGGAUAUGCACCAUUUGAUGGUGAAACUGAGGGUUCGAUGGAUCCACUAGCCGGAGAACAAAAGCCUAGAAUACUUCUGAUGGGUCUCAGACGUAGUGGUAAAUCAUCGAUACAAAAGGUGGUUUUCCAUAAGAUGUCACCCAAUGAGACACUGUUCUUAGAAAGUACAAAUAAAAUAAUUAAAGAUGAUAUAAGUAACUCAAGCUUUGUGCAAUUUCAAAUAUGGGACUUUCCUGGACAAAUUGACUUCUUUGAUCCUACCUUUGACAGUGACAUGAUAUUUGGUGGUUGUGGAGCAUUGGUAUUUGUAAUAGAUGCACAAGAUGAUUACAUGGAGGCACUUAAUAAACUUCACGCGACAGUCACAAAGGCAAACAAGGUUAAUCAGGCUAUUAAGUUUGAAGUUUUUAUUCAUAAAGUAGAUGGAUUGUCAGAUGACUGUAAAAUGGAAACACAAAGGGACAUACAUACAAGGGCCAAUGAUGAUUUAGCAGAUGCUGGAUGCGAUCAAAUACAUUUAAGUUUUCAUUUGACUUCAAUAUAUGACCACAGUAUAUUUGAAGCAUUUAGCAAAGUUGUUCAGAAGUUAAUACCACAGCUGCCUACUUUAGAAAAUUUACUUAAUAUACUCAUAUCAAAUUCAGCAAUUGAGAAGGCAUUUCUAUUUGAUGUUGUUUCAAAAAUAUAUAUAGCAACGGAUAGCUCACCUGUUGAUAUGCAAAGUUAUGAACUAUGUUGUGAUAUGAUUGAUGUUGUUAUUGACGUUUCUUGCAUAUAUGGAUUGAGAGAAGAUUUAGAAGCUGCUGCAUUUGAUAAUCAAAGUUCCAGUUUAAUUAAAUUAAAUAACGGUACAAUCUUGUAUUUGCGAGAAGUAAAUAAAUUUUUAGCAUUGGUUUGCAUUUUACGAGAGGAUAAUUUCGAUAGACAAGGUGUAAUCGACUAUAACUUUCUGUGUUUCCGCAAAGCGAUACAACAAGUAUUCGAAUUGCGAAACAAGGCAUUAGCUGCUACAAAUACGACCAAUCAUUCAUCCUCUCCCGUUAGCACGACUGAAACAUCGAAUGCUCCUACGGUGUCACAAACUGGAACUAUUGGACAAAAUGGUACCGUUGUAAUCGCACAGAGUUAAUUUUGAUGUACAUUUGUAUAGAACUUACUAAGCG